AUGGUUCCCAGUGUGGAUCCAGCUUCCGAUCGGAAUCCAGAUCCAAUGUGCCCACACCGUGACUUGCGCCUAGACUCGAAUGUUUUUGGAAUAUUAGAACCCCUCGGCCGUUUUCUCGAGAACGCACCAACUUGUCUUGGUUGGGUUACCAUGGCGAUAGAAAAAUCCGAGGAAGCCCCGCUCCUGAUAGUGCCUCAAGUUACCCUCCAGGUGCAACAGUCGGUUGAUCCACCGACAUGGAACUCCCCAACUCGUACGGGUGCUUCCUUUCACUUUCUACAACGAGCUACUAAUCCAUGUUACGAAAGUCCGGGCAGGGAUGGAGAGCCCGUUGAUGGCGCCCGCUAUGUGGAGAGACUAGUCGCCAAUUCUCUCGAAGUGGUGGAAGAUUCGGGCUCCCCGGUGGCUUUCCAACGAGCCCAGCAGUGGUUGUCAUUCUGUGAGGAAAAUCACGAAGCCUGCAAGCCCCCAAAUCCGGAUUUUUUCCCUCGACGUCUGGUCAACAUGGGAUCAUGGGAUGGUUCGCACGAGCCAUUCCUCUAUGAGCCCACCACGCCUGUCCUCCUAACAACAACAACCGACAACAUCAAGUCCUGUUAUGAAAAGAUCACAAUAACAACACUGCCACUUGCCCUUCAGGAUGCCAUCAUGGUGUGUCGAAACCUCAAAAUCCCCAAUCUCUGGGUUGACUCCUUAUGCAUCAUCCAAGAUGAUAUAGUCGCCUGGUUGCACGAUGCGUCUACAAUGUACGAUGUUUAUCUGAAUUCACAUCUCACGAUUACCGUCAUGGAGCCAAACUCGUGCAAAUCAAGAUUCCUGAGCAAACAGCGGUUUGGUGACCCCAGUUGGCAACAGCUGUUCCACCCAUCCAUGUCGGACUCUAGAAACGGAACUCCAUCCAUGGAUGGCUUGAUACGCCCAGGUGAAUUCAAACCUAGAUCUUAUGAGGACCGAUCUUCUCUUAACCAACGCGGAUGGUGUUUGCAGGAGUCGCUGCUGCCCAACCGCAGACUCUGUUAUGACGGCAAUGAAAUGAUCUGGGAGUGUGUCUGUCGCCAGCUCUGCGAGUGUGGACAUGUGGUGCCGCCCCAAGUGCCAAGGGAUACGAUUCCGGGCUAUAUCAAGCUUGGGGCAUUGUUUAAAACCCACGUUCUGAGGGGCAGUUAUCCUUCGAAUGGUUUAAACUUUCUAGAAUGGCACCGGGCUAGGUCGACUUGGCGGAUGAAGCUACCGCCACACAAAGUACCAUAUCAGAGAUGGAGGGACCUCGUCAUGGAUUAUACCUAUCGGACUCUGAGCAAAAAACAUGAUAGGCUGCGGGCCCUUUCAGGGUUGGCUAGGAUGGUUUGGACUAACCUACGGCAUGAAGAUGAAACUUCGGAACUGUACCUCGCUGGGCUUUGGAGAAAGGAACUUCUUUUUGAUCUGUGCUGGCAAGUUAGACCACUAGAUGAAGUGGCUGAGCCCCCUGAGACUGGAGUGGAGAGUCCGGAAGAAGCCGGUUACCAUAUCCCGAGCUGGUCAUGGGCCUCUGUCGAAAGGCCCGUCACUUACAAAUUUGCCUUGCCCUUGGAGGGCUGGAAAUAUAAGCCCUCCCUUGUCGACGAAUGUGUUGUGGAGAAUGUCUCCUGCCAGAAUGAGAUACCAGAAGGCCCUACGAGCGCUGUUAUUGAAGGUUCCAUUGUCCUGAACGGUUCCUUUGCCCCUGUUAAGCUGAUACGAGGCGAAAAAGAAUUGGACAAAUUCCGGAGAAAGACGGGCUUCCCUACCAGUGGGGAAAUGGGCGCUUUUCACGAAGAGGAGGUAGAACUAGACAGACCUGAGCUGGAUCGGCCCAAUGGCCAUUAUUACUGCUUCAGAUUGUUUUCCUGGCUGACCAGAAGGAUGGGCUCGCAAACAUGGUUCCGAGUGUUGGCCGCGUCGACACAUCAGACAGGUGCCUUUGAGCGUAUAGGCAUUUGGCAUUUGCAUGUCCACCCCGAGGAAGAUACAUACUUUGCCAGGGUCUCCUGUCCAAUAUUUAAGGACGCCAAGUCUGCUAGUGUCAGAAUUAUUUGAAGCCGACAUUGUACCAUUCUGAGACAACAUGAUCACAUACCUAGCAGCAUCGAAGUGGGUCUGCAAGUAGAUCCCAUCACCAACUCAACAAAUAACAUUUGAUUGACUAUUAUAUUCCCCCCCAAACACCAAGCAAGUCGGCUGGAUGGUGUAGUUGGUUAUCACGUAUGCUUCACACGCAUAAGGUCCUGGGAUCGAGCCCCAGUCUAGUCACUUCUUUUUGUUUUUUCCCGCACCCCAACGCAGCUUAGCGUCGGAAAGCUUUAGACAGUUUCAGAAAACAUCGAAUGAACCCCCCGGUUCAACCAUAAUUUCUAAAUCUUGUUCUAUAUGUCACCGUGAUGAGAACAGCACUGUGCC